AUGGCCGGCGAUCCCCCGACGGCCGCGGAGAAGGAGGCCCUGGUCUCCUCCUUCCUCGAGAUCGCCGCCGGCCAGACUCCCGACACUGCCACCCAGUUCCUCCAGAUGACGAGCUGGCACCUGGAGGAGGCGCUGCAGCUGUUCUACAUAGACGGCGAGUCCGCCCUCGCGUCGCAUCCGGCGGCCCCAUCUGCCGCGGCUGCUGCUGCUUCGGCGGCGGCGGCGGCGGCCGGAGUGGAGGAGGCGUUGAGGUUCGCGCCACCCCCAGCGGCUGCACUGGGCGAUCCGAUGUUGCAUGGACUCGGGGUUGGGGAGGACGACGACGUCCGCGCGCCGCUGCCUGUGAAGCGGGAGACUCUCUAUGGCGACGGCCCUGUGUCUGUCCUGCGACCUAAUACAACGGUUGCAUUUCGUAACUUUGAACAAGAGGCAAGACAAUCUGCUGUUUGGGAUUCUGAUCCGAAUGCUACAUCUAGUUCUCAUGAUAAUCUCGCUUCUUUGUACCGUCCACCUUUUUCUUUGAUGUUCAAUGGACCAUUUGAUAAGGCAAAAUUAGAGGCUUCUUCUCUGGACAAAUGGCUGUUAAUCAAUUUGCAGUCGACGGAGGAAUUCAGCUCUCACAUGCUUAAUCGAGACACUUGGGGAAAUGAAGCGGUGGCCCAAUUAAUUCGGUCAAAUUUUAUUUUCUGGCAGGUUUAUCAUGACACCAGUGAGGGGAGGAAGGUAUGCACCUACUACAAUUUGGUAUCCAUUCCUGCUGUACUCCUGAUUGACCCCAUCACUGGGCAAAAAAUGCGUGGUUGGAAUGGAAUGGUUCACCCAGACCGUCUGCUUGAGGAUCUGCUGCCUUACCUGGAUAAAGGCCCAAAGGAGCACCAUGCAGCUCAACCACAAAAGCGCCCAAGGAAAGUUGAUCAGGAAACUCCUAUGGGAAAACAAGGCAAAACAACUGUAGAGGAUGAGGAUGAAGAACUAGCACGGGCAGUAGCAGCUUCCCUGGAGGACAAUAAAGAAGUCGCUGAAGGAUCAGAUGCUACAGAUGACAUGGCUGAAGCUGAACCGGAGGAAGAAAAUGGGACCAGCUUAAAUAUCAAGUUGGAUUAUCCUCCUCUCCCUGAAGAACCUACCGGAAGCAGGGACCUUCUCUGCAGGGUUGCGAUUCGGCUACCGAACAAUCGGAGGAUACAAAGAAAUUUUCUUCACACAGAUCCUAUUAAGCUCCUAUGGUCAUUCUGUGCUACUCAGGUUGAGGAUGGAGAGAAGCGGGCUUUCCACUUUGUGCAGCCCAUUCCUGGAGCAUCCAAGAACCUGGAGUUUGCAAGUGAUCUGACUUUUAAAGAAGCUGGAUUGGCCAACUCAAUGAUCAACCUCUCGUGGGACUGAGCCUGCUUCCAUCUUGUACUUUCAAAGCCGCGACGGAUUUCAGCAUGGGCUUGAAGAUGGUUUAGUUAUUUUCUUUCCUUGAGGCUCAACUCUUUCCUUGCCGUUGGUUCUUGUGUCUAUAAACACCCAUGGUAGGACUUAGCUCUAUUCAAUGCACAUAUUUAUCAUAGUCUGGUGCUGGUACUGAACUGAUGCGUGGUCUAGUGCUUGUUUUCCUUUGUGUCUUGUCGAAUGCUGAAAGAGAGGCGGAGGCAGGCAGGCAGGCAGUGACACUGCCCGGCGCCCGGACGCUGAUAUGUUUCGCGGUUAGAAGAGCACGGCGACUUCUUUUC